AUGCCUCCGCCGCCGACCCCCCCUCGCCCACAGUGGCCCAUACCGAAGUUCAGCCUUCGGAUCGAGGACCUCUCCCAUCCUGGUGUCAAGCUCUUUCUACAAAGCGUAGACCCGCAUAAGGUCAUGGUCGAUGCUUGCACGUCUGUGUUCCAGUGGCUCUAUGGGACCGUUGAAGUAGCGCCAAAGAACGUCCAAGAAAUUCAUCUCGUUCUUCGACCCAUGGAAGGGGUAGCCUAUACCACCGGGACACAUACGCACAAACAGAUCCAUCUCUCCUGCCAACACAUCGUCAACAACACCUCCCGCGCGCGGCAUGAAAUCUACGGCGUCUUAACGCACGAAGUCGUCCAUUGUUUCCAGUACAACGCAAAGGGGUCGUGUCCAGGUGGAUUCGUUGAGGGAAUCGCAGACUGGGUACGCCUUCACGCCUCCCUCUCCCCUCCUCACUGGCAACCUCGAUCAGGCCCACAAUGGGACGCAGGCUACGACACAACUGCCUAUUUUCUCGCCUGGCUUGAGGAUCGCUUUGGCUCCCACGUCGUCCCCACUCUGAACGAGUUCAUGAACGACAAGAAGUACGAUGAGAAAAUGUUCGGGGAGGUCACUGGUAGCGGUAUGACAGUCGAGGAGCUUUGGAGCGAGUAUUGUGCGAGUGUAGAUAAAGGUGGGGUCAGGAGAGACGGGAAGGGUGCUUUGGUUGUUCAGGAGAGGUGAUGCCAUUGUUUUGAGCUUGGUUGUUCGAUUGCGUGGGCAUAUGGGCUGAACGCUCGCAGACCGCAGUAUCAGAACGAUUAGGCAGGAAUAGAUAGGCCAACACUGGUGUGCAUCCAUGUAACCAUCAGUUCCGCCUAUUGCGGCUGGAGCUUUGUGGUGGGUAUGCCUCGAAUGAACGUUGUCCUUGAAACCGGUGGU